UUAACACCAUUAAUGAUGGCUUCAAGAAUGGGACAUAUUAAAUUUGUUAAAUUUUUAAUAGAUAAUGGUGCCGACGUAAGUUCGUUUGAUUCAUUUGGAAAAACAGCGCUAAUGAUAGCCAUUGAUAAUAAUCAAGAAGAUUGUGCUAGAUUUCUUGUCGAUAACGAUUUAGCAUUUGAAAAAAGUGAUGUUAUGGGGUACACUCCCUUACAUUUGGCUGCCAAACACGGACUCUGUUCUCUUGUUAAAUUAUUGGUUUCUAAAGGCUGUUCAAUCAAUUACCUAAACAAAUUUCAGUAUGGAGCUCUCCAUUCAGCAGCUGCAAACGGACACACUGAUAUAGUCAAAUGGCUGAUUGAAAAUGGUGCU